UACACUUUUUUAGUUCCUUCUUUUAGAGCUAGGCGGUUCGUGUCGCACUUUGGUAUAAUAUCAGCUGUUUUCUGUGGUUGUUGUAUGGGAACAGAAUAAACUUAACUGAUUUUAAAAGAAAAUGAACAUUUCCGAUUUAAAAUCUGCCUUAAAGCAGUUAGGUGCCAAAACAUCUGGAUCGAAGCAGCAGUUGGAAAAGCGAUUAAGUACAUGGAAAGAACAUGGACUUGAGAAAACCUUAUUCGAAGUAGAUUUAAUGAAAUGUGUACCGAGCGAGGAAUUCCCAACGAGUGCUUUGUUUAAACCGUUGAACACUUAUUCCGGAACUGCAUUGAUAAGCUACGAUGCAAUUCAUAAAUGGUUUUCGGAUCGACGAGCGCUUAAAGGAAUGCAGAAAGGCCGCAUAUUAGCGAUCAAGUUAUUCAUUAAAUAUAGUAAAACAUAUAUUGAUGGGAACAAGUAUUAUUUACAAUGUAAGUGCUGUGUGGAACAAAGGAAAACUUUCGAAUACAAUGUCAAAAUAAAAGUUGUACAACAUCAGUCGACAUUUGAAAUUGCUCAGUGUCAGUGUACAUGCCCUGCUGGAACGGGAUGGUCGGCGGCAUGCAAACAUAUUGGUGCAUUCUGCUUUUCGUUGGAAUACUUUUCGAUUUCAGGAAACACACAAGAAUAUGUCUCUUGCACUUCACAACCGAUGGAAUGGAACAAACCAAUUGUCGGCAGGGGUAUUGAUGUAAUGUCAAUCUUUGAAAUAACAGGGCGGCAAAGAAACAGUUAUACUAUUCGUGAAUCUGACCCUUUAGUGAAUAAUUUAAUUAAUAACAAUAUUAGUUGUCCCCUGACAAAUAAACGAAAAGCAAAUUUGGAAGGUUACACAAAUGAUCAUUUCGGAUUAGUACAUAUGGGAAAUGCAGCUACUGAUUAUGGUAACAGUUGUGAAUCCCUUGCUAGACAAGUGUAUCAAUGCCAAUAUGGGCAAGUGCAUUCCACAGGAUUGCUAAUUAAUCCCUCCAUUCCUUGGCUUGGAUUUAGUCCUGAUGGCCUAAAAAUGCACAGCGGAGUUAUUUAUAAACUAAUUGAGAUAAAAUGCCCUGUUCUGGGGAAGACCUCUGGUGUGGAAGGUUUUAUAUCAGAGUUACCAUAUCUCAAAUAUGACAAUCAACAACUUUUCCCAUAUUGCCUUAAUACGAAUCAUAAGUACUAUGGUCAAGUGCAAUUAGCAAUGUUUUUGUUAAACAUUGAAUUGUGUGACUUUGUCAUCUUUAGUUCUUUUGAUAAUAGUAUAUUUGUAAUUGAAGUAGAAAGAGAUGAUGUAUUCCUUCAAGCUCUAAUCACAAAGUUGCAUUACGUUUAUUUCAGGUAUUACUUAAAAAUGUUAUCUAGUUAAUAGAUUUUACCAUUAAUGAUUUUACCGUUGGUAUUGUAAAUUAAGAUUAGAUAUGUACAUUAUAUAUUUUAUAUUACUUAAUGUUAGUGGUGUUACUUUGAAUAUUACAAUAUAGUUUAAGAUGUGAAAUGAGUUACAUUA